AUGUGGCCCCUGGCCACUGUGACCGCCUUCCUGACCAUGACCCUGUCAGGCGGCAUCUCUCAAGAGUUUCCCAAGAUUCUCAACACCACCAAUGGAACCAAUGGGUUUCUCCCUGGUGGCUACAUCUGCCUCCCCCAUUAGCCCUGGCAGGCAGCCCUACUAGUGUGAGGGCAGCUGCUCUGUGGGGGAGUUCUGGUCCACCCCAAAUGGGUCCUGAUUGCCGCACACUGUCUGAAGGACAGGUACAGAGUUUACCUAGGCAAGCAUGCUCUGGGGCGUGUGGAGGCUGGAGAGCAAGUGAGGGAGGCAGUCCACUCUAUCCCCCACCCUCAAUACCAGAUCAGCCCCACCCACCUGAACCAUGACCACAACAUCAUGCUUCUGGAGCUGCAGUCACCAGUCCAGCUCACGAGCCACAUCCGCGUCCUGCCCCUCUCCCACAAUGACUGCCUCCCCCCGGGCACUUGCUGUCGGGUAUCUGGCUGCGGCACCACCACCCGCCCCCACGUGAGUUUCCCUCAAACCCUACAAUGUGCCAACAUCCAGCUAUGCUCAGAUGAGGCACGUCAUCAAGUCCACCCAGGGAAGAUCACACCCAACAUGCUGUGUGCUGACGCAAAAGAGGGUGGCAAAGACUCCUGUGAGGUACCAAUAGGACCUACUGCUCAGAGCUGUUGGGAGGACUGAGUGAAAGAUUGGCAUUUAAAGGCUCUCCACACAGCAACUUCCCAAUCA